AUGGUCGGUCUGUCCGACGCAAUCGCCGACAUGAAAGAGCACCUCCUCGGAAUCACGCGGCCGGACUACUUCGGCGUAUACGUCUUCUUUGGUGGCUCCGGCAACGGUAGAUCCAUGGUGGCGAGGGGCAUGACGCCGUAUGCCAAGGGGGAGACGCGCAUAAACUCAAACAAGUCUUUCUCAACAUCAUCGCUCGAAUUAGAGGACGACGCUCCGACGGAUGCAGUACCGAUCAAAAAAGGUCUGUGUUCAGAAGUGGAAUUAGGGCAACAUCUCGCCGCGAGCCUGAGGGGGAGGAGAUACGUCGUUGCUCUAGAUGACGUACGGGAUACCGAGAUUUUGGCGCGGCCGAGGAGGUGGCUGCCGGAGCAGAACAACGGGAGCAUAGUGCUCGUGACGACCGGCAUGGCUGAAGUUGCCGAAUUUGAUGAGAGUUUUUUCCGAUUUGAAAUUCCGGUGGUUUUGAAUGAGGCGAUUAGCUGGAGGUGUAUUAAGGGGUUGAUUGAGAGCCGCGGUUGGGUGGUUACGGCGGCGUUUGAGGAGGCCGGGAAGAAGAUUGCGGAGAAUUGUGGAGGGUACCGGAUUGUGGUGGCCAAGGUUAUGGUGGCGCUGCUGAGAUCGGAGAAGUCACUUAACUUGUGGAACAAGCUAGCUACGGAUAAAGAUGAUCCCAUUUACAAGGUUGAUGAUGAGAUAUUGGAGGCAAGAGAAAUCAAGAAACGGUUGCAUGAGGAAAAUGUAAGAGAGUGCGAUUUUAUGUUUGAUGUAUCAACUCUGAUUGAUGAUCUGUGGACCCAAGAGCCAGUGCAUUUCUUGAAAAAGUUCAUUCCGAAUAUCAAGGGUGAACUCGUGGUUACAACUAGGCUGCCCAAAGUAGGGUUUUUUGGACCAUGUGAUAUGGCUUACAAACUGCGGUUGUUGAAUAAAGAAGAAAGUUGGGAUCUUCUUCGUGACAAAGUGUUUGUCGAGGAGCGAUGCCCUUCUCAACUCGAAAAGAACGGGAAGAAGAUUGCAGAAAACUGUGAAGGUCUUCCUCUUCUUAUUCUCGCAGUUGCUGGUCUUUUAUCAAAAUCUGAGAAAACUCUAGAACAUUGGAACAAGGUGACGGAGAAAGAUAAUCCGGAUGUAAUGAAUGCACAAAGUGAAAUUUCUAAAGGGUUGCUUCCAAGUUACGAGGCUUUACCUCAACAACUAAAAGUGUGCUUUCUUUACAUGGGAAUAUUUCCGCGUAAUCAUGAGAUCCCUACUUCCACAGUAAUGAAAUGGUGGUUUGCAGACGGAUUUCUUGAGCCAAUUUUUUCACAAACAACAAAAGAUUUUGCCUCAAACUGCUUGAAGGAGCUUGAUCAGAGUAGUAUGGUUAUGGAAAGCAAGUUUUUUCAUGCCAUGGAUAGUUACGUUGAUAAAUCAACGAAAAUUUUAAAUGGGCAGCGAAGAUUAUGCAUCCGCAAAAGCAUUUUAUUGGGAAUCAAAGACGCAUAUGACGCAGUGGCAUCUGCUUCUGCUUCUGUUUCACGUGCUUUGCUAUGUACCGGUCCACCUCAUCGAUAUCCAGUUCCAUUGUGUUUUGGUUCAAGAUUGUUGAAUAUUAUAGAAGCUCUUGGAAUCCAUGUAUACGAGUUUCUAGAUGAAGUAGUGAAGCAAGUCCAUCUAAGGUACAUUUCCCUCACAUGUGAUGGGAAUAUCCCACCUUCCAUUUCUAAACUUUGGAGUCUUCAAUUCUUGAUUGUUAGAAAAUAUUUGAAUAUCAAAAACUCAAAAAGUUCUUCAUAUUUGCCAAAUGAAAUAUGGGAUAUGAAGGAACUGAAACAUCUUGAGGUCUCAGGAAGUAAGCUCCCUAACCCUAGUUCUGAUGCCCUUUUGCCGAACCUAUCAUCACUGUUGGAUGUUAGUGUUCAUAAUUGUGAAAAGGAGAUUUCGAAAAGAAUACCUAAUCUGAUAAAAUUAGGGAUUCAAAUUGAGUUGGAGCUGGAUGACGAUAGCAAUUUCACAACUUGA